GGCUCUGCGACACACCUGUCUGCACCAUCACUUGCUACCUGAGAGCUCCCACAACAGCUCAAAAGCUGUCUGACGACCAUGAAGCCGAACACGAUACAAACACAGCUGCGAAGAUGAUGCCCCGGCAACCCUAUGCGCCGACACCGCAUAGCUAUAUUCCAAAUACCACAUUAUCGGCAACCAUCAAUCUCGAUGAGGAGGUGAAGCUAGCCGACACACGCGCCGAGCGCGACCUGCAAGACUCGCUCGCCGAGAUCUUUAGCAUUAUUGUCACUCUCGACGAGCUCGAGAAGGCUUUCCUAAAAGAUGCGAUCCCCGAGGCCGAUUACACCGAGAUCUGCGAGCGCUCCCUGAAGCAGUACAAGUCCAUUUUAGCAGACGAGACCGUGGCAAAAGCCUUUGUGGGCUUGGAGGAAUUCAAGGCAGAAUGGGAUCUCGAAGUCCCCCGCGCAACAGAGCGCAUCCGCGUCGGCAUGCCCUCGACAACCGUGACAGCCUCAUCAAGCGCUGCUCCGGCCCCCACGGCCGCCGGUAAUACGAGUGGCACGCUUAUUCUAGAAGCGACGCAGGAGUUCAUCACCUUCCUCGACGCCGUGAAGCUGGGACUCCUCUCCAAGGACCAGCUGCACCCCCUGCUCUCCGACGUCAUCCAGUCCGUCAACAAGGUCACCGACCGCGACUUUGACAGCAGGGGCAAGAUUGUGCAGUGGCUCAUCACGCUGAACCAGAUGAAGGCCACGGACGAGCUGAGCGAGCAGCAGGCCCGCGAGCUCGAGAUGGACAUCCAGCAGGCUUACCAGGGGUUCAAGAGUACUCUCACAUAAACAAAAAGGGUGGAAGGUUUCGAGAGAGGAGAAGUGUAUGUUGAGAGGAAUAUUCUGUUCUUCCUUGUUGAUAGAUACCAAUGCAGAGCGAAUCCCACCCAGGUCUUGAUUUUUAACCAGCCG